AUGGACCCAAAAUCAAGAAAGGAACAAAUAAAAGAAGACAAAGGUCGCCAUCCAGGAGCAGGACAAGGUUCUCCUCCCCAAACGUUGGAUAAAGGGUUUCUUACUGUACUUGAUCGGCAGACCCGCAUUCCAUCAGGGUUAGAACCAUAUGGGGAUACUGAUUUGAUUCAACCAGGAGAAUUGUUUUCAGCCAAAAUAGUUUCUCGGAAAAGAGAUUUGCAUGGUGUGUGUAAUGAUCAGGAUGGUGAAGAUGAUUAUCAGCCUGAACUGAAAGGUGAUGCUAGGUUUGGUAAAAUUCCUGAAGUUUCAGGUAGAAAAAAGUUGAAGAGGGCUGGGGCUUUUGAUUCCUUUGAGAGUUUGGGGACAUCAAAACCAGUUCUUAGAACUGUUGAAAAAUCUUAUAAUAGCAAUGCAGUACAUUGCAUAAAGGCAUUUUCGAGUCUUGAGGUGACUUUUUGUGAUAAGAAAGCUAGGCCCAUAGUUUGUGGAGAAUAUGGUGAAAUAUGCAGCAGAAAGUUUGCUGCAGAUGAAUUGAGGCCUGCAAAAAUUGUUCCUCUUAGUAGGGUUCUUAAAAACACAGAACAUUGUACCCUCCAGAAGAGCUGUAAACCCAAAAGUACUCUGAGGAAGUCAAAGAAGAAAAGAAGAGCUAGGAGCACUUUAUACUUUGAUUUGAAGAAAGCAGAAGAAAAUGGAGGCAAUCAAGUUUCAGUCUCUCAUGAAGUGAGUGGCUGUUAUGUUGAAGAAGGCAAGAAGACUUGUGUGAGUGGAAUUAAACAAUUUGAUAACAAUUCAUUCAUCUUGGAGAAAGGGAAGGAUGACAGAAGUGAGAAAUAUUGUUGUAUUCCAGAUGGUAUUGCUUAUAAUCGAUCAAACAUAAAAUGUAAGGAAAUACGCAAACGAAGCCUUUAUGAGCUGACAGGAAAAGGAAAAGAGUCUGGUUCUGACAGUCAUCCCCUUAUGGAGAUCUCAAAGUGCUUGCCUAAGAUGAAAGUGAGGAAAAGUUUAGAGGAAACUGGUGAUGUUGAAAGUCAUGGACAUAGAUCAUCCAACAUGAAUGCUGAAAAAUCUAUCAUGCAGACUAGGUGCUCAUCCAUUGUUGAUUCAGAUGUAUUCUGCUGUGUUUGUGGAAGCUCAAACAAAGAUGAAUUUAAUUGCUUAUUGGAGUGUAGUCGAUGUUCAAUCAGAGUUCAUCAAGCUUGCUAUGGCAUUUUGAAAGUACCAAGGGGCCACUGGUAUUGCAGACCAUGCAGAACAAGUUCUAAAGAUACUGUGUGUGUUCUCUGUGGAUAUGGUGGGGGUGCCAUGACUCGAGCGUUGCGAAGCCGUGCUUUUGUAAAAGGCCUCCUGAAAGCUUGGAAUAUUGAAGCAGAGUGUAGGCCUAAAAGCACAAAUUAUUCUGCUGAAACUGUGCUGGAUGAUCAGAGCCUGGUUGUCAGUAAUUCAUUUUGUAACUUGCAAUUUAAAGAUCUUGAGCUGUCAAGAACUGCUUCGUGGAAAAUGGAUGUGCAAAACCAAGUGGAUAUUAUUCGGAACUCUUCUUGCCCUGAUAGCAAGUUAAAUUUGUAUAAUAGUGUAACAGCAGGAGUACUUGAUUCUACUGUGAAACAGUGGGUUCAUAUGGUAUGUGGGCUCUGGACUCCUGGAACACGUUGCCCAAAUGUUGACACCAUGAGUGCUUUUGAUGUAUCUGGUGUUUCACACAAAAGAGAAAAUGUGGUUUGCUCUAUAUGUAAUCGACCAGGUGGCUCAUGUAUACAGUGCAGGGUUGUGGAUUGUUCAGUUCGGUUUCACCCUUGGUGUGCUCACCAGAAGGGUCUAUUACAAAGUGAGGUUGAAGGCCUUGAUAAUGAAAAUGUUGGAUUCUAUGGAAGAUGCAUGCUUCAUGCCUCACACCGCACAUGUGAAUCUGGUAGUGAGCCCACUGAUGCUGAAUGGAGUUCUUCUAGAAAAAGGGAAUCAACCUGUGCUCGAACAGAGGGUUUCAAAGGCCGCAAACAAGAUGGCUUUUGGCACAACAUCUAUGGUCAAUCAAAAAGAAAGACUGGAUGCUUUGUUCCUCAAGAGCAGUUAAAUGCUUGGAUUCACAUUAAUGGGCAGAAGUCAUGCAUGCAGGGGCUUCCAAAGCUGCCAACAUCAGAUAUCGAAUAUGAUUGCCGGAAAGAAUAUGCUCGCUACAAGCAAGCAAAGGGUUGGAAGCAUUUGGUAGUUUACAAGUCUGGCAUACAUGCACUUGGUCUUUACACAUCUCGAUUCAUUUCCCGUGGUGAAAUGGUUGUUGAGUAUGUUGGUGAGAUUGUGGGGCUACGUGUGGCUGACAAAAGAGAAAAUGAGUAUGAGUCUGGCAGAAAAGUCCAGUACAAAAGUGCAUGCUACUUCUUCAGGAUAGAUAAAGAGCAUAUCAUUGAUGCAACCCGCAAAGGGGGGAUUGCCCGUUUUGUCAACCAUUCAUGUCUGCCAAAUUGUGUUGCCAAAGUGAUUUCUGUGAGGAAUGAAAAGAAGGUUGUCUUUUUUGCAGAGAGAGACAUAUAUCCAGGUGAGGAGAUAACAUAUGACUACCAUUUUAACCAUGAGGAUGAAGGGAAGAAAAUUCCUUGCUUUUGUAAUUCAAAGAAUUGUAGGCGUUACCUCAACUGAUUGUACAUAAAAAAUAUUAUUUCUUUUUGCUGUAUUGCUGUCAAUCCCAAUGGGUUGUCAAA